UGAAACCAGAACGGCAUUUACUGACAGAUUUAAAGACUGGAGGCAGAUUUGAGCUUUAGUGCAAGACAGACGUCGGAACUGGUUCAUUGAAUUGAUGACAUAACAUGAUGCCCAAACUGGAGACGGAUCCUUUAAUACAGUGCAUAGUUGAAAACAAUCCUGAGCAACUUAAGGAAUUGCUGAAAAGCAACUACAUUAAUGGGUUAUAUCCCCUCAGUGGUGAGACAGAUCAGGUUUCACCUUUAAUUGCUUCUAUUAUUUACCAAAAAUAUGACAUUUUCACAUACCUUGUGUAUCAAGGUGCAGAUCCAAAUCUACCUUCUAAAAAUGGCUGGACGCCUUUGCAUUUUGCCUCACAAAGGGAGGUGCCACUGAUUUUUGUGGAAACACUGCUGGGAAAAAAUGCAGAUCCAAACAGAAGGGGACCUAAGGACCACACACCGCUGGCUAUAGCUGCCCUCAGUGAAAGGCAGGAUGUUAUAGACCUACUCUUUGUUUACUUCAAAUUAAAAGGAAAUUACUCUGAAAUAGAAAAGUUUUUGGAACUGGAACUUGCAAUGCACAGCAAAGAACCUCAAGAAGUCUUUGGAGCCUUUCAAGAUCACAUGCUAGAAGAGCAUCCUGAGACUCAUUUGACCAUAGUUGAAUUACUCUUCACAUUUACUGGGAACAAUGAAGUCGAAUUUAAAGAAAGAAGUAUUGAAUGGCUCAGCGAAGCCAGUAAUUCACAUAGCUACGUUGCAAGUGCGAUCAGUCGCUUUGACAACAUUCCAGAGGUGGAAGUGUUAAAGACGAUUAAAUGUUUGCAUGCUGUUUUCUGUACAAUGGAAAAAAUACCAGUAGAGCUAGCCACAGACAUAAUUUCCAAACUUGGGGACAGGCUUCACAUCAUAGAAAGAGUCAGUACUCUGGUGGCAGUUCAACAAACGCUAAAUGUGAUAACACAAAAAACAGAAGACAUCAUUGGCUGGGCUUAUGACUUCAUCGACUUCCUCUGUAAAACCGGCGAUGCUUUGGAAAACAAAAUAUAUUCCUGUGGCUAUAACUGCGCCGUAUCUGAAGCAGAGGGCUUAAGACAUUUGAUGAAUUCAAUGUUUCAAAAUAUAUUACCACCUCCUGCAGACACAGUAACUAAUGACAAACCAAAAGAAGAUGCCAGAGAAUCUGAGCCAAGCUUGCACUAUGAGGACGACAGCUUCACUGAGCCUGUGAAAAAGAAAGUAAAGAUGGAAAGGCCUGAGAAACAAGAAGAUCCCGGUGAUGAAACAGGAAGGGUUCCUAACAUGAGAUCAAAAUUAAACUCACAACAGUCUGCUUUAAGGCCCCUCAAUUCUUCAAGAUCUCAGAAGUGGCAGCCAGUCAGCAUCAGGUGGAAGGAUAAACUAGAGAAGCUUGCUGACACAGAUGAAACCAAAGUGACCAAAGUUCGAAACAUUAGUUAUGUGAACGAUGCCGAGUUCAUCAUAGCAAAGGGGAGUGAUGGUACUGAAGUCUUCUUGGGACUGAGAGAUGAUGGCACAGAAGUUGCAAUCAAAAGAAUGUCUAAAAGCAACUAUAAAACACUGAAGAACGAGAAAGGAAUCCUGCAGCUGCCGUCCGUGGAUCAUCCGUCCAUUGUGCGAUAUAUAGACUUUGCAGAGGACGAAAACUUUGGAUACCUUUUUCUUCAGCUUUACGAAUACACCUUGGAGGAAAGUAUCAGCAGCCUCAAAGAUCCGAACAUGGGAAAAAAACUUGUACGGGAGGCUCUUGAAAGUUUGAAGGUACUGCACUGCCAUAACCCUCAAAUUCUGCACAGAGACCUCAAACCACACAAUGUUUUAACUGAUAUUCAAGGGAAGGCAAGAUUAGCUGACUUUGGGAUCAGCAGAUGCUUAUCCAAAGAUGAAACAACUUACCUCACGGCCAAGGGAGGAACAAGGUGCUGGAUGGCCAGAGAGACACUAGAGGAGGAACCUGCUGUGCCCUACAAGUCAAAGACUGAUGUACAGGUGGCAGGGAUGCUGAUAUAUUACAUCCUUUCUGGGGGACAACAUCCGUUCAUAAUGGGCAAACGAUUUCAGUGUGAUUCCAACAUUUAUGAAGGGAAGUACUGUUUGGACCACGUGACGGACAUGUUGGCUAGAGAUCUCAUCGAGUGGAUGAUCAACAAAGAACCAGAAAACCGACCUGAAGUGGAUCAAUGUUUAAAUCAUCCAUUUUUCUGGGACAGUGAAAAGCGAAUGGAAUACUUGAAAAAGGUUGGAAACAGGAAUGAGAUUGUAUAUGAUCGCACAGCUGACCAGAAACUGAUACUUUCACUGGAGCGAUGUGCUGAAAACCGAUCCUUCAAACAGUGGAAAGAUAAGUUUGACAAAACGCUGGUGCAAGACAUGGAAAAGAAAAGGAGAAGCUCCUACAGUGAAAACACGGUGGGAUUACUGCGCUUCAUCCGCAACCUUUGUGAGCACCGUUACAAAGAGGCUUCUACAAUCAACAUCUUGGCUUUAUUUCCUGAUCUCUUCGAAUGUGUUUACACAUUUGCAAAAAGCCGACGCUGGAAUGAAGAGGCACCUUUAAAGGAGAUGUUCCCGCCUCCAGUAAAAGCUCGGCACGAUGGAGGAAGUGUACCAGUUCAAGAGUGAAACCACGAUUUCAAGGAAAGCGAUGUCCAUCCAGAGGGAAUGAAUCAAAAGGACCAAAGACAAACUGACCAGCAGUGAAAAAGUACCAAAGUUUUAAUUAAUGCUACUAUUUGGAUCUUUGAUGUGCUCUGCUGUGAGAGCAUAAGGAAAAUUCAUGGUUUUUAUUUAUUUUUUUAUUUUUAUGGAUGAUCAAAUCAUGUCUUUGUUGAAAUUUCAACAUAAGAUGACUUGUAAAAAUAUAGAUAAAAAUCAAUUGAUUUUAAAUGUAAUCUUUUAGUAAAUGCUGUCUGGUCCUUAACCUGAACCAUGGUUUUAAUGUUGGCCCCUCAUUCAGUCUGGCACCCCUUUGGUUAAAUACCAGCUUGAUAUAUGUCAUGGAGAAAUGUCAGAAGUUACUAUUUCAUGCAUUUUGGACCUUUUCAACUUUAUUUCUUGGGGUAGUGACUCAACUUUUUGUCUGCAAUGGACCAAAUACUGACCAUAUUGUUUUAUCAGAGUUUGAUCAUUAAGUGCAAAAGGUCUUCUUUGACAUGCUGAGAGAAAUUCUUUUAAUAUUCGCUGUUUUAUUCCAAGUCUAUCACUAUGCAAAGCAUUAAUAAUUAGGAUUUGAUAUGUUCUGAACAACAUACAAAGCUUUAUCUUAAUUGGAAAAAUUGCUGGUGUUCUGUAGCGUGUCCUCACCUGUAGACAAUAAAUGUUAAAAGCAUUGUCAAAAUCAGCAGCAGUUUUAGUUUCUGUAAGAGGCAACUAAUUUACCAUAUAUGUGGAUUUUUCAUUUUCUUUUCUGUCCUUAAAUAAGCUUAUCUUUAGUAUUAAAUAACUGAAUGGUAAACAAGUAUAUUUUUUGAUCCCACUUUGUUCAGUUUUCUUUUCCAGUGGGGAUUACUUCCCAACUAUUACAGGUGUAGCCGGGGCAUUCUGUCCCAGAAGCAUAGUGCUGCACACUCUCCCUCCUGCCAUAUAUGGAGGAGGGCACUUUAAACGUCUUUAUUUGACUAGACACUGGAGGGACUGAAGUAAGGUUGGAGAUGUUUGUAAAUCAGUCAUUUGACAAUCCGAGGACAUGGUGCAGAUUGCAGCGGAUCACACUGCUUGUGCCAUUUAACUUUAUUAUACGUUAAGAACUAAAAUGGGCCUAAAAGCACAGAGGUCCUCUAAACACCAACAUUUUGAGUCUAUUUAAAUUGUUACCUGAAACAUCAGUUGGUUAAGUUUGAUCCAGCUUUUCUUUAGCUUUCUUUAUUAUGUUGGGGCAGUGUGUUUUUCUGCUUUUUCUGUUCCAAUGUACUG